AUGGGCCAAGACGCUCUUCAUCUUUUCGAAUGUUUGGGGACGAGCUGUGAAGGUUGGGAGUUCGAAAUCUGCCAGCUAAUAAUCACGAGAAGGUGUACGGAUGCCAAGAUGGGCACUAUCGACUUCUACGGCAUACAAUGUGCAUUCACUUCGCUGGAUUCUCAAAAAUCCGACCUUCCGAAUAUCGUAACUCGUCCACUGAAAGGAAUGAGAAUGAAAAUUAACCUCGGCGAAAAAGCGCUAAUGGAGCGAAAGUUACCGACCGACAUUAUGGGUAAAUUAAGUUCACCGUCAGAAGAUUACAAUUUGAUGAGGAAGAGCAUAGAAGACACAGUUCCAAAGAGUAGUGAGAGGUACCCCACAAUUGAAUAA